AGACCCAUUUCUACUUCGUCUCCAGCACACUUCCAUACUCGCUGGUAUUGCUCUCUCCUCUUCUCUGAGCUCUGAAGGGUACGAUGAUGGCGAAGCUGAAGGUAGCGGGCACGUGGGCUGGCGUGGUAGAGGUGGAGCUGGAGCAGUGGACGGUCCCGAUGCUGAGGGCGGAGGUGGCCCGGCGAUCAAACGCCAGUCCCGACUCGAUCAACCUUAUCUGCGCCGGGAAAGUGCUCAAGGACGGCGACGGGACCGAGAGCCUGAGCCAAUCGGGUGUCAAGAACAACUCGAAGAUACUCUCAAGUCGCGUCAACGUUGACCAGAAGCAAGAGCUUCUCGCUGAAGAGGAGCGCGCCAGUAGACUCGCCAGGGUCAAGGCUGCUGCCACUGCUCUGGCUCAGAGACAUGCAGAUGGGUCAAUGCCUUUGGAAGACUUCAACAUAGAGCUCGAAGAUCAGAGUGGAAAGAAAGUUAACUUGGGUUCCGAGACAGACCAGAGGGCUGUGAUGAUGGGCUUGAUGCUUCACACAAAAGGAAAGCAACUGAUUCGGAAGCAAAUGUACAAGGAUGCCCUGGAGGUGCUUGAGAUGGGCGAGGAGGCUUUCUCUCUCUGCAAUCCCCAGGUCAUCGAGAUGAUCGACAACGUUCCGAUAUUGCAAAUAGACAUGGCCUGGUGCUAUUUCAUGCUUCGAGACAUUUCGUCAAUCUCUGUGGCUGGAGCACGCCUUCAGAAAGCAAGAGAAGGAAUUGAACGGGCUCAUGGGAAGGACUACUCUAGAGUCCGAGUGCUUCAAGGAGGACGCCAUCCUGAUAUUGCUCUGCAUUUGAGGCUCGAGCUUUUAGAAGGUGUGGUAGCUUAUCACACAGGUCAGCUUGAUAAUUCGAGAAAAGCUUUGACCUCUGCACAAGCAAAGUUUGUACAGCUUAAGGUCCCAGAUGAGGCCUUAUCGCUUAUUAUGAGCAUGGGCUUCAAGGAGCAGGCUGCAACGAGAGCACUUCGCAUGAACAACCAAGAUGUUGGGGCGGCCCUUGAUUUUCUUGAUGAAGAGGAAGCCAAGAGAAUGCAAAAACGAGAGGAGGACGCAAGAAGGCAACAUGAGAUUAUGGAGCAAAAGUCCUAUGGAGCAACGCCUAUGAAGAAGGCGGUAGAUCUUGAAAGACUAAAUGAGCUGGUUUCCAUCGGCUAUGAGAAGGCGCUUGCUGCUGAAGCCCUUAGAAGAAAUGAGAAUGAUACUCAGAAGGCAUUGGAUGAUUUGACAAAUCCUGAAGUCAACGCUACCAUGCAGCAAGACGUUGAAUCAAGAAAAAGAAAGAGACAAAGGAAAUCGGAGAAUGAAGUGGUCGAGCAACUGGUAGCAAUGGGCUUUGAAAGAUCAAGAGUGGUUGAAGCUGUUCAAGCUGGCGGAACACUGGAGCGAGCAAUGCAAGAUCUUCUUGCCCAAAACCCACUGCACCCUUCAAACGCUGCUCAUGUUGCAGCAACUUCGGCUCCGUCUGCUACCGCUGAGAAUGUCCCAGGUCCAAGCAACAGCGCUGUUGAUCUAGGAGAAUCAAAUCAGGAGCCUAUGAACUAUCGUGAUGUAGAGAUGGAGGACGAGAUCGCACACGAUUUGGCCCAAGUAGAUGCUCUGUCAGACUAUGAUAUUGAUGUUACGAAGGAAGGAGAAGCUAUCGAGGAGUACUUGGCCUUGCUGGCCUCGACUGGCAGUAGCAGCAGUGGACAUAAGCCUCAGUGAGAAUAGUCUGAUAAAAAACUCGAUAUGGAAUGUAAAUAAUUAUGCUGUUCAUAGUCGAAUUGAUCCCGGUGAGGGACCUUUGAUGGGUGAGGUGAAAAACAACCGACUUAAAACGAUGAAUUAGAGAAUUGUCGGAUAGAUUAUGUAAAUUGCUGGUUCGAACCUAUGUUAGGUUUUCCAAUUCUGUGAUUACCGUAGCCCAGUUAACAGCA